CACCAGCGAUAUCGAUUUCUCUAAAUAAGCCUACUAAACUAUAUAAUUCUUGCAACAGAAAAAUAUAUAUAACCUUCUAUUCCGUCAGGUCGUCAGCAUGGACCCCCUCCGCUCUGAACGUCUCGUAUACACAGCAUACGACGCUGCUCUACAUGAGGAGCUACAGUGGACAAUGCACAACGACGUCGUCUCAUGGACCAACGCGUGCGCGCAGAUCCAGCGACCAAUGGACCGCAAGCUUCACAACGGUAUUCUAAGCUGGCGCUCAAACCAGCUACUCUUUGCCAUCAUCAACAUUGCGGCGGAUGACAACACCCUGACGCCAAUCGGACAAGUCGUCCUCGACGCAGACGACCCAAAGACCAUGGCGCAGCACCGUGACUGCACGCUCAGCAUUGGCAUCCACAAGGACUUUCGCCGAAGAGGCUACGGUAGUGAGGCGAUCAGUUGGGCGCUUGGAUGGGCCUUUGACUAUGCUAACAUGCACCGUGUCGGGCUCGAGGUCUACGAGUGGAAUGAGGCUGCAAUUGGAGCAUACGUAAAGGUAGGGUUUCAGGAAGAGGGGCGCCGUCGCGAGAGUAUAUUCCUCCGCGGGCGGUACUGGGAUAAGAUUCUCAUGGGUGUCCUGGCGAGUGAAUGGCCAGACCAGCAGCAGCAAAAGCCCAUAAUCGCUGAUAUAGCUGUUAGGUCUGUAAAGUCGUAAGAUUGGGGUAGAGCGGGGUUGUGCGUAGCCUUGCGUAGGAAACGGCGCUUAUAGGGUAUAUUCCUCCUGGCUUUUGUUAAGAGCAAGCUAUAAUACGUUAGACUAGAAAGAUCUUUUUAGUACUAUUUAUUAUAUUUCUCGUUCAUACUAGCUACUAUGAGUUACUUAGAUCUACAAUAACAGCCGUACGAGUUUAAUCUCUUG